CAAGGAUCAACUCAAGCAGACGUAAAUACUUUGUCAACAGCAUCUACAUUAGACAACAUUCGGCAAAUAUAUGGGAACGCGGCCUCUGAAUUAUUAGAGUUUGGGAAAUUUUUCAGAAAGCUCGAAUUCAGAGUGAAUGGAUACAUUUCUAAUCCCAAUUAUAAUUUAAAAAAAAUGGGGUUCCUUUUGUUUAUUAAUCACAGAGCAGUAGAAAGUUCAUUGCUCAAAAAAACUAUUGAAAGUGUUUAUACAACUUAUUUGCCGAAAAAUACGCAUCCAUUCGUUUAUUUGAGUUUAGAGAUUAAUCCAGAAAAUGUUGAUGUGAACGUCCAUCCCACAAAACGCGAGGUUCGAUUUUUAAAUGAAGAGGAGAUUAUUACGGCA